AUGCCUCGCCUUUCGCGUCCUGAUUUGUCAGACGAUGAGAGCGACGCGAGCUCAGAACUGCCUGAGAUCUUCUCGAACGAAGCCUCAGAAACCAACUCGUCCCCCACAUCUGGGGAUUGUGACGACGAGGAUGAGUCGGAAUCCGAGGAUGAUAUGCCCAUGGAAGAUGAAGAGAAGCAGCUUCCACCGGAGCACUAUCUCCAGGAGGCAGAGUGUCUCGAUGUCUCCCAGCUUCGGCAAAAACGCUACAGCCCAAGAACCCAAGUCAAACUGGAUGAGACGAGGGACUAUUGGGACAGAUUUUGCGAGGGCGGAAAGCGGGACCCGAUAGAGUGUUUCUUCUGGCUCUCUGACACAGAGGAGACAAUCCGUUUUUUGAAAGCUCUCUUUUCCUGGCGUUGCGACCAGCGGAGGGGUAAGAAUGAGCGACGCACGCCGGGAUUGAAGCAUAAAAGCUCGCUCGAGACAUUCUGGAAAUGGUGGCAUCUGGUUUACAAGGCUGAAGUCGGACAUGGACUUAGUAAAGAUACGAUCAUCAAAAUCGAGGAUGUGCUUGCGAUAGUUGCGACAGAGAAAAAUCUUUGCUUCGAUCGGCGACCGAAAGCGACCAUGUAUAUCGAAGAUGUGGCUGAGUUUGCUCGAGUGGUACUGUCUACGACGGAGAUGACUUUCCGUUGUGGCUGGUACCGGGUGCAGCUCCUCCUUUACUGUCAACUGGCUGCUAUUACCGGCAGCCGGCCUGGAGCGCUCUUGAACCUUCGUUACCGGGACCUCAUGUUGACCCUGGUACGAGAUCCAAAUGGCGUCCGUCCUCGGCUUUUCAUUUAUAUGAGGCCGGAAUUCACAAAAUCAUUUCUUGGCAAGAAGGAGUCGAAUACCUUCCCUAUCCCGGAGAUCAUUUUUGAUCCUACGCUGGUCCUUAGCCCGCACGUUUUCUUGUUGGGCAUGCUUUUUCGAAUCGGGGCAUUCAAGACUCUUUCUAAAGACGGUCGCGUGAUGAACUGUCCAGAAAAUUUGUAUAGUCUUCGGGUUUUGAAUGGACUUGGUCAGCAGGAGUUGAGGUUGAGACCGGAAAUUCUUGAUCAAUAUGUUUUUUGUCACGCAUUGAGAGGACCCAAUGGGAUUCGAAUUGCCCUGGAACAAAAUCUGACAGGCGGCUGGCUACGUUAUCGCAUGAAACGUGGGGGCGAAAUUACGGGCUUUGAAGAGGUCACGAAGCCCUAUGGCCUCCGGUACGGCGCAGCGAAAGCAUUCAAUGAUAGUCCGGAUGUGUCAAAUGAACUACAAAAUGUGAUGCUACAGCAUGCCAGCAUUGACACAUUUGUUCGGCACUACAGUGUUGGUAUUCACGUUGAUGCUCAAGCAAUUGUCCGAGGCAUGCCCGCUCAGAAGCAGCUCAUGCGUUUUGCCUGCUCGAUGAGUCGAUCUAUCGAUCCGCGCAGGCCAUAUAGGCUAGAAGAUUCGAGCUCUGUCAAUCAAAUCCCGCGUGUGAUUGCCAUGGAAGAGUUCAAGCAAGCACGAGAGCAGGCCCGGGACGUGAAAAGAACGACAUUUGAAAAUGCUCAGUUCGCUCUCAAACGCGAGUUUGGUGAUGAUCCUCCGCAGGAAGGGAGAUUUGAACGUGCAGAGGAGCUGUAUAAUCUUGCUGUACGUGAUUUGCGAAACGAGAAAGGACGACAACGCAAUCGCUUGAUUCGUGAGAACUUGGAGCGGUAUAAGAACGAACAACCGGUGAUCGACAGCGAACGGCAACUGUCCGGAAAGAUGGUCGACGAAGAAGUAAAGGUUGCUUUAGAAAGUACCGGCUAUAUGACACCACAGCAUAUGACCCUUAUCGACACUGUCCUGACGAUGCCGGGUACGACGGUUGAAAAAGAGUAUGAGCGUCGAAUUGCUGCAAUCAAUGCAGUGAUUGCGGUAUGUGAUGCAGAAGAGGGCGCGCCCUCGCGGCCUCGUGUCACCCAAAAACGCUCCGCCGAUGCUGUCAACAUGCCACCGGCUGCCCCCCUGCCUAAAAGGCAGAAUUUAAUCCCUUCACAUAAGAGCGGCGAUACUUUUUCCGAGGCUAUCGCUUCGGUUUGCGUCAAGUCUCCAACAGAGAGACCAACGAUCUGCUUUAUUUGUCUUGGUAACCCUAGGCUGCCACAAAGCGAUCGCUUGGGAAUCUACAAGAACUCUGGAUCUCUGAGCCGACACUUCGUCAACAAGCAUAUCAAGCCGUUUCCAAAUGACAUGCACUGUGAGUGCUCUAUCUGUGGAGAGAAGUUGGAGUCAAAGUCUGCGCUACUGAACCAUGCGGAAAGGGUGCAUGGAACUGUCACCCGCUCUUCUAAAAUAGCCCUUGGUAUGGCAUAA